AGCGAAAUCAUUCGAGAUAAUCCUGGCAUCCUGGACUGCGUGAAAGAAGGAAUCGGCAGAGUUGUAGGCAUGGGAGUACCCCAUAGCAAGCGUCUCCUUCCUUUGAUGGUCUUGACUUUUCCAACUGCUCUACAUGGAGUUCUUCACUACAUCAUCAGUUCUGUCAUCCAGAAGCUUGUUUUGUUUGUUCUCAAAAGGGACAAUUCCCACAACCUUCCAACUGAAAGCUCCACUUCUGUGCAGAGCAUGCUGGAUGCAUAUUUUCCAGAACUUAUUGCUAGCUUUGCUGCUAGCCUUUGUGCUGAUGUCAUGCUCUACCCAUUGGAGACAGUCUUGCACCGCCUUCAUAUUCAGGGGACACGCACAAUAAUUGACAAUACAGACCUUGGCUAUGAAGUAGUUCCGAUCAAUACUCAGUAUGAGGGAAUGAAAGACUGCAUAAAUACUAUAAAACGGGAAGAAGGAAUGCUAGGUUUUUAUAAAGGAUUUGGAGCUGUUAUAGUACAGUACACCUUGCAUGUGGCUGUUUUACAUCUCACUAAAAUUAUUUACUCAACACUGCUUCAGAAUGUUUCCUAAUCUGUUCAAGUGUGGAUUUAGCACAGUGUACAUGAUUGACUUACAUAAUUAUUGUUACAAACAGCUCCAGAAAAUGAAGUUUCAAGAAUCCACUCUGUGGAUUCUCCUUACACUGUAAAAGAACUUUUGAAAAUGGGGAUAUAGAUUCCUAAGUGUAA